CGAGAUAUGAAGAGCUUUAGUUAAUCACGCGUGGCCAGACGUAACAAACGCUUGUAAAAAAAUCAUGUUUGACAAACUGAAAUACAUUAUUUUGUUGUUAGUGAGCGCGGGCGCUACGCAAGAAAUUUACUUAAGUGAAGAACCUAUAGACAGAAUCGGUGGCAGACUUUAUAAAAAAGAAUUGCUGACAAAUAAAUUCGACUCGCCUAAAGAAUUAGCAUACGAUUCCUCCAGCAGAAACCUCUUUUUCAUGUACAUGGAUGAUAACUUAAAGAACUCUGGACGUGCUUACAUCAAUGUUGUAACUAAACGAGCUGUCAAAAUAGAAGGUAUUGCCACGAACAAAGCUACAGCAGUGGACACUGAAACUGGUGAGGUUUACUUCGGUUCAGAAAAUGGACUUUAUAAAUACGAUCCCUUGUCCAACAGGGCUACUAAUAUUGGUUUGUACAAUAUGAAUAUUAUGAAGAUCGUUAUAAGAAACAAUGUUAUUUACAUCAUCGAUGCAAAUAACCAUAGGAUUUACAAGUUAUAUAAUGAAGGGCAAACUGCAGUUUUAGUCGGAGACAUGAAAACUGUUAUUGAUUUCGAAGUGGACAACAAAAGAAAUGUACAUUUUGUGACGAUGUGCGGUCUGUUUUGUUUUACAAAAGAUGGAGAUAUUGUGAAAAAUGUCGAUUUAUCUAGAGUGUAUAAUUUCAUUGUCGGAGAAGAGAAAACUUAUGGUGUAGCUGAAAACGGACUUUAUAAUAUUAAUUGCGUUAACGGUACAGCAGAAAAAAUUGCAGAUCUACAUUUCGAUCCUAGAAGCAUAAUAUUCGGAGACUACGGGGACGUGUUUUAUUCUGAAGAUAAUAACAUUUAUAGGUUGAAACCUGUGAGUGCAUACUUCUUAUACAGGCGUAAGAAAACUUGAUCUUGUGAGAAAUUGUGUUCUUGUAUUUAUUGUUAUUUAUUUUUUUCUUAUUUAUUAAUACUUAUUAUAACCAUUGUUUCGUCUGGUAACGUAGAAAAGAACAAAAUUAAAGGGUCAAAAAGAAG